CGCUUUCCGUAUUCAUCUGAAAAGAUAAACAAGGAAGUCCGUUCAGUCUAAAAAUAACCGGAAUACGCAUAGUCAAGCAUUGUUUAUCAGUGUCUUACUUGAUGUAUAUAAUAGUGUAACGUUAUAUCUAACAAGGACAACAGUCAUCUAUUAAAAAAAGAAAGCGUAACGUUAGAGAGACUUUGUCAUUCACACUGAUAUAAAGUUGCGCACGAAGCUAAAACCAUGUGCUAAAGUUCAAUGGCUUCAGAAAAAGUCACAUUUGUGAUCGUAGGAGGAGGAAUCGCAGGAGUAACAUGUGCAGAACAGCUCGCGUCGCAGUUCCCAUCUGAAGGGGUUUAUCUUCUGACAGCCUCUCCUUUAGUAAAGACGAUUACAAAUUUCAAACAGGUUUCAAAGACAUUGGAGGAAUUUAAUGUAGAGGAACAACCAUCCAGUGUUUUAGAGGAAAAAUAUCCCAAUCUUAAAAUCGUACAGUCUGCAGUACAACUGCUGCAAGUAAAGGAACAUCGAUUGCAGACAGACAAUGGACAGACUUUCCACUAUAAGAAGUUGUGUCUCUGCAGCGGGGCCAGACCCAAGCUUCUAACCCAGGACAACCCACACGUUCUGGGCAUACGAGAUACAGACAGUGCUCAGGAAUUUCAAAAGCGUUUAUCAAAGGCUAAGAGGAUAGUUGUUGUUGGAAAUGGAGGAAUCGCCUUAGAAUUGGUAUAUGAAGUAGAGGGUUGCGAGGUGAUUUGGGCUAUAAAGGAUAAAGCCAUAGGAAACACAUUCUUUGAUGCAGGAGCUGCUCAGUUUCUCAUUCCAUCUCUGGAAGCUGAAAAGAAAGACAGAUCGUUACCCUGCAAGAGAGCACGCUACACUACUGAAAAGACUGGAGUGUGUUUCAUUGCAGGCCAGAGUGGGGAUUUAGGAGAGCUUGGCAGUGCCCUGGGUCCUGACUGGCAUGAAGGGAUUGAAUUGAGAGGAGCAGAAAAGAGUUCCAGUGGGGUUCAUAUUGAAUAUGAGUGUGAAGUUGAGAAGAUUUACACACAGCAAGAAUUUCUUCGGUCUGAUCUCAACACAGAGAAAUCUGAAUUAGGCAUGUGGCCGGUUUAUGUUCAGCUAACCAAUGGGAAGACUUACGGUUGUGAUUUCAUUGUCAGCGCCACAGGCGUGGUGCCAAACACUGAUCCAUUUCUUCAUGGCAACAAUUUUGAGCUUGCAUCAGAUCAUGGACUCAUAGUAAACGAUCACAUGCAGACAUCAGAGCAGGAUGUGUACGCAGCAGGAGAUGUUUGUACCGUAGGCUGGAAGCCCAGUGCACUUUGGCAACAGAUGCGAUUGUGGACUCAGGCGCGUCAGAUGGGCUGGUACGCAGCACGUUGUAUGGCAGCAGCAGUGCUAGAGGAGUCUAUAGAGCUGGACUUUUGCUUUGAGCUCUUCUCACACAUCACUAAGUUCUUUAACUACAAGGUGGUUUUGCUGGGAAAGUUUAAUGCACAGGGAUUGGGUCAGGACCAUGAGCUUCUUCUUCGCUGUACUAAAGGUCAGGAGUAUGUGAAGGUGGUUCUGUCUGGAGGCCGAAUGGUUGGGGCCGUCCUUAUUGGAGAUACUGAUCUAGAAGAAACCUUUGAGAACCUCAUUCUCAACCAAAUGGACUUGUCCCGAUAUGGCGAACAUCUGCUUGACCCUAAUAUUGACAUUGAAGACUACUUUGACUGAAUAUUUGUAGCCUGCUAAUCACAGAGAGAUUAUUUAAAUUUUUAAUAGCUUAAAAUAAUAAAUGUCUUAUUUAAAACACUCACCCCAUUAUUAAUUGUUCAGCCACAGACUGCAGCUUUAAGAAAGAUUUACCAACAGAUAAAGCACAUUAACAGGCAAAGUACAAAAAAUGAAAAAAAAAAGAUUUUAUUUAAUUUUUAAUUUAGAUGUUCUGUUCUCACAUCCUGAGCCAAGUUAUAAUUUUGUGAUCCAUAUUCUCAUUACCAACAAAACUACUUGCAGUUUUUGGGUUGGAUUUCUAACACCAUAACUCCUUAAUUAGUGAUCAACUUUAUUAUGCUGUAAAUGGACAAGUUAUGUAAAUUAAGGUCUUCUAGAUUUCUUGUAAAUAAAGGCUGUCUAUUUCAGUUCAGA